ACAAUGAAUACAAUUUAGUAAAAAAAAUAUGCUUAAGGCUUAAAAAUGGCUCGUCUUAUGGGGUUAUCUCCUACACGGUUCCAAGGACCAAAACGGUUAAAAGUUCACAUUGGAAAGAAUUAGUUCUUCUUUGUUAUUUGUGGUACUCACCGUUUCCUUGUAUUCCUUCGACUCCUAGUUCUUCUUGUUAUUUGUCCUCUAUCUCGUCGCUAUCUCCUAUCACGUCUACACUCUCUUACGUCCGCACUCCGACAACUCUCCCUCUCACAGAGAAGUUAUCAAGUUCUAAGCUCUUGAAACUGUAGUGUGAUGACCUUAUUAAACAAACAAUUUAUUAAAAAUCUUUAUCAGAGAACAAAAAAUAGUUAAAAAUUAUGUAUUUUAACUAUGUAUAAAAAUUCUAGUUCUAAAUCCGAUUCACAUUGAAAUUAUAGAUCUACCCUAUGGAAAAACUUUUGAAUGCGCUCAACAACUAGGGCUAUAUGCGAGAAUUAUAGAUCUAGCUUCCAAAAUUGGUGUAGAUCUAGAUACGAACCAUCUAAAGAUUGUAAGUUUAAAUCCUAGCUUGAUCCUAUUUGGGAAAGCCUUAUAACCAUGCAAAUCAACAACUUCUUUCUUAUUCAAAAGACAUCUUACUUCGCAUCAAAAAUCUUUGGAUUAAAAUUAAUUAGUAUUUUAUCUAUUGAUGCUACUGGUCCUAUGCGUUUAAUCAAUGACUCGUAUAGUAAACUGUAAGGCCGUUUAUGAAUUAAAUAUCUAAAGCGAGUCUUCACUGUAUUUACCCGACUGACGAUCGGUUAUGUGUGUACACAAUGCCGAUCGCAUUCGAAAACGAGAGUGAGUGAGAGAGAGUGAAUAGAUCGGCGUGAUGAGCGUGAAAGGGAUACAAUGCACAAAGCCGACUACGAGUGUAGUGUGUGCGUGACCAACCGACUACAGCAGCGUGUGAGAGAACAAAGUUUCAUUUUCAAAAUCAGUAUAGAAAAGAACGGCGCGCUGCUAACACGUUCAACGAGGUCGAGCUAGCUCAUAAAGUUGGUGCCUCCUCAAAAUACAAUUUUUAAACUCGUUCUUGUUUCAAUUUUUUUCGUCGUAUAUAUUUAAACUUUUGCGAGCAAUUUGCACGGCGAGUGGAGAAGUAGCAAGGAGAAGAAGACGGAGACGCAGACUCCAGCAAAAAUCGAGUUUUCUUUUUCUUUGACAAGUUUUCACGCAAGUUUUUCGGGUUUUGAAAGGAGAGAAGGCAAAGGCAAGAGAUACACAGAAAGAGCAAUUUUUCUGCUCAAAGACUGAGAAAAGAUUGAGACUUGGAGAAUUUCAGUGUGUUUCAACAUUUUGCCACUACAUCUCGAUUGCAUAAAGCAUCAGUCACGCAAUUUGCUGUUUUUGUGCACGGAGAAAAAUAAGACAUCUUUUUUCUCAAUGCUAGAAGAGUUUUCAAUAAAAAACCAGCUUCAAUGUAAAUGCAGAAAAGUCACAAAUUUUUUCCACGCAUCUGGCGGAAAAGAGAGAGAGAAAAAAAGUAAAGACAUCAAUUUGCAGUAAAAAAGGAUCAAAAGUGAGAUUUCCCAAAGGAAAAAAUUAAAGAUUUAAUUUUUCGAAGGAACUUUGCUGCAAAGGAAAAAAAAAUUGUGCAUUUGCGUCUUGUAGCCUGAAGAGUGGUACAAAAUUAAAAAGAAAAAUACACAAAAACGAGAAAAGAAACUAAAAGCUCAAACCCUUAAAAAUUAUUAUUUAACAAAAUAAAAACGAGGGAUUUUUAAUGUAAUAUUUAAUUAAUUAAGAGUUUUAAAUUAUUACGUCUGUUGUAAAAAGGAAAACAAUAACAUUAUAACCUCACAGUGAUUUUGCCGAUCUCGUAACUGAAGCAACAAAAAAAGCUUUUUAACAAUCUACAACUAAUUAGGAAGUAGAGGAAAAAAAUUGAGUGUUUUUUUUUUCUUGCAUUUCAAGAGAAAAGUAAAAGAAAAAAGUUCGUGAAUGUGUUUGUGUAUCUAAAGUCAUUUUUUGCUGUGAAAAAAAGGAAGAACGGCAGGAAUUCCAAGAAGAGAUCUUUUCUGGUCAGAAAAAAGAAGAGGUAGUCCCCAGGUAGAUCAGCACACAACGAAGGGAUUUGAAAAGUGAGAAAGAUGUCUACAGCCAUAAUGCAUCAAACGGCAUACUAUGAUUUUGGCGAUUUGCUUCUCAAGAGUCAGAAUCAGACACGGUCGAAUGGGAAUGUCGUGAGUGGGGGUGGUAUUCAGGCGAUCGCGAGUGCCACCAACAACAAUGUGAUCGGUGCCACAAAUGCCAACAAAAACUACAGUGUGUCACUGUCGGGCCACAAUGGGGCACCUCCGCAGCAUUCGCUUCUGCAGCAACAAUUGAUCGUAGCUGCGGCACAGCAGCAUCAACAGCAACACAAUCACAAGAUGAUCAUUCACAGUGCAUUGCAGAGGGCCGUGAGCCACCCCCAUGGAGCUGCUGGAGCAACAAAUGGUACCAAUGUUGCCACCUUUGUUAACACCAUCAUCGAGAACCUGGGCGGACACCGGAAACUCGAGAGGACGCAAUCUGAGCCACUACCUCAAGUCAAUACUUCUAGAUACAAGACUGAACUCUGUCGACCAUUCGAGGAGGCGGGCGAGUGUAAAUACGGUGAUAAGUGCCAAUUUGCUCAUGGGAUGUAUGAAUUGAGAAAUUUGCAGCGCCAUCCCAAGUACAAGACGGAACUCUGCCGAACGUUCCAUAGUGUGGGCUAUUGCCCAUAUGGGCCACGAUGCCACUUUGUCCACAAUGCCGAGGAAGCACGUCUUGGGAUGCAGAAUCAGCAGAAUUCAACUCAGCAACAGCAGCAACAGCGUCUUGUGCUACUCAAUAGGGGUGCUGCAAUGGCGGCAGCUGCUGCAGCUGGACAACUUGGGGGGAAUCUUCCACUCAGUCCAGCACUAAGCAUGUCAACCGGGAGUGAUCGUGCAAGCCCCACGGGAUCUCUUUCUCCAACCAACAGCGUGCCGAGCUUCUUUGGGGAAGUUACACCAUCAUCCGCGGUCGAGGGGAGCUUGAUGGCACACGCCAUUUUUCCACAAGGUGGCUUCAUGGCCCCACCACCGCAACCACCAUCCCUGAGUCCACCCCAGAGCCCACGGGAACUCAGCCCUGGGGCAUCACCACCACCCAAUGAACUUGAGACACGUCUACCAGUGUUCAAUCGUCUCAGUUCAACCAUUGAUUCCCUCAAUAAUCUCGCCAUUUAGGCGAUAGUAGAGACAUCUACGCCGCAUGUAGCAGCGCCAUCCACAGUACGAGAAUUAGUGACGACAAACAAGAAAAAGAGUUAUCGAAGGGGCCAUUUAUAUGCAAUUCGUAUGUGUUACAACAAGAAAAAAAGUAUAUUUAAAAAACAAUAAGGAAUUAUUAUUUAAGUUUUUUUUCCUUAUAUUUUGUGAAAUUGAUUUAUUUUAUACAUUUAUAUAUAUUUUUAAUAAUGCAAAGAUUUUCAUACACUAUUUAUGUAAAAAAAAAAACAUGUUUGAUUUAAGAAAAAAUCAAUUGGAAUUAAAUGGAUUAAAAUGAAACUUUCUCCUAUUUUUAUUUUGCAAUUUCUUUAUUUUUUUCUAUUUUUUUGCUUUAAUUUAGAGUUUUAUAUAAUAAAAUAUAUUAUUUUUUAAAGGUUCACUUUCGAAUUGCAAUAUUAAAAGAAAAAAUAUAUAUUAAAGAGAAUUAACAGAGAAUCAGGUAUAAAAUAUUUUAAAUAUAAAAAUGAAAAUCUUUAAAAUUAGAUUGAUUAAAAGAAAAAGACAAAGUAUAUAUUUCUACAAAAAGAAUAAGAGAGUAAAAAAGAAAUCAAAUGUCUUCCCUUAAUAUGAAUUUGAUGAAGAAAAAAUAUAAUUUAUAUUUUUUACAUGAAAAUUUUCAACUAAGCUGCCUUGAACAAUAUUUUAUACAACAAAAAAAAGAGAAAAAAAAGAAGUUAAAGGAAAAAAUAAUUUUGGAGAAAUAUUUGGAGAUAGAUGAAGUGAAAAGAAAAAUUAAAUAAUUAAGUUGUUUGAAAAAAAUAUUAUCUAAGAAAUUGAAAAUUUAUUUAUUUUGAAAACUAAUGACAAAUAUAUUGUAAUAAUUUACUAUAAUCCCCUCAUAUUUUUUUUAUUAUAUUUUGUGUAAUUAUUAUUAUUAUUAUUAUUUAAAAAAAAACAAUGGCAUAAUGCAUAAUUUUUCUAUGGUGUUCAAAAAGUUGUCGCACACAGAAAUAAUUUAAUGAAAAAAAAAAUAAUUUUCUGCAUUUCAAUAAAUCUCAAGGACUUUCCAUUUAACAUUCCAGGAUAUGAAUCUUACCCUCCGCACAAAAAAAAACUAAAUAAAAAAGUAAGAUGAAAUAAAUUAGAAAAAAGAAUCCUGAAAUUGCACUGAAAAAACUUUUGAAAAAAAAGAACUAAAUUCGUGUGACAAUUUUUUUUAUAUACAAAAUAUAUAUUCUAUUUAUUUUAUAUUUAAUUCUGAUUUAAAAACAAAUAAAUUGUAUAUUUUAUAAUUUCUCCCUCUUUCCACAUCAAUUUGCAUAUUUUUUUUAUUUAUUUUUCUCUCACUCGUUUUUCACGCUAGAGGGAAAAGAAAUUAAUUAUAAAAGAAAAUAAAAUAAAUAAUAAAGCAGAAAAAGUCCAUAAAAUGUCUACGUAUCCUUUUAUAUGUGUUUUUUUUUCACCGCUAAAAUAAUAUUUGUAAUUUUUUUUAUAUAAUUAUUCUAUCUAUAUUAUUUAUAUUAUGUGUCUGAACGGAUGAGAAACAAUUUUAUUCUCCUUUUUUUUAUAUUCUGCAAUUUAUAUUUUAAUAAAAUACUUUAGAAAGCAACAAAAAAUACAGCAAGAUAAAUCAAGAGCAAAUUUUCCUAAAAAAAUAUAAUUAAAAUAAACAUUUAUUUAAUAAUUUAUUUUGCAAAACUUAUUACAUUUUUAUAAUGAAUUGAUGAUAUGGAAAAAAAAGAAACUAUAAUGAAACAAUGAAUGAGAAGUGAAAAAAAUAUUGAUAUCUCAAAGAAAUGAAAACCAACUGAUUUUUUUUAUUGAAUUAUUAUAUUCGAAAAGGAAAAAGAGUACACGAAAAAUCGCAAAUAAAAAUGUAAAAAAAUGA